CUAUGAAGAUGCCAUGACAAGCGUUACUGGUUUGUGACUUCACCCCCUAUGGGACACAGCCUGUUGUUUGACAGCCAGAUUGGUCAUCUGGGGAGGGCUGCUGCUUGACUGGAGCCUGGAUCCAUGGUGUUGCAUAGAGGCUGCCACAGCUUAUCUAGCUUUCUGACUGCUUCCUUGGCAGCUCAUCUAGACAGCCAUCAGUGAAGCAGCCAGGAAAAGCUUUCAGCAGAUUGAAGGUGACUGUAGGCUUCUGGGGCCAGAGCCACAGGAAUAAGUCUUCAGGCUGGCCUCACCCUUCAGGGACCUGGAGCUUGAACCAGGGGACACCUUAUGGAUGGGAGAUGACGGCAAACAGAGAUGGAAGAGAUUACUUCAUCAGUCACAUGACACAAUCAGCCACAUUUGAAGACCCUCGAAUAGAGAGCUGCCAAAUAACCCCUCCAACCCCUCGGAAAGUGGAAAUGAGGAGGGAUCCUGUGCUAGGAUUUGGGUUUGUGGCUGGUAGUGAAAAGCCAGUUGUUGUACGCUCAGUAACACCAGGAGGGCCCUCUGAAGGAAAGCUUAUACCAGGGGAUCAGAUCAUAAUGAUUAAUGAUGAGCCAGUCAGCACUGCUCCGAGGGAGAGAGUCAUCGACCUUGUCAGUGUACCUGAGACUUAACAGGAAAAUAUCAUCUGCCUAAGAGUUUAUUAAGAGUAAUAGCAAAAACUCUCCAUAUUGGAAUACAGCAAA